CAUUCGCCGUUUAAAUCAGAUUUUAUAUAGUAAAAUGGCUAGAAGACCAGAGCACUCAGCACCACCAGAAAUAUUCUACAACGACGAUGAAGCGAAGAAAUAUUCCACAAACACACGCAUAAUAGAGAUCCAGGUGGAAAUGGCAGAGCGCGCCUUGGAGCUGCUUGCGCUGCCUGAUGAUGAUGAACCUCGCUUCAUUUUGGACAUUGGCUGCGGCUCCGGACUGUCGGGCAGCGUUCUCGAGGACAGCGAUCACAUGUGGAUUGGUAUUGAUAUAUCCAAAUCCAUGUUGGACAUAGCGGUGGAGCGCGAGGUAGCCGGUGACGUUAUACUGGGCGACAUGGGCGAGGGAAUGCCCUUCAAGCCGGGCACCUUCGAUGGCGCCAUCUCCAUAUCGGCUCUACAAUGGCUCUGCAAUGCCGACAAAUCCUAUCACAAUCCACACAAGCGCCUCUUGAAAUUCUUUAGUACAUUGUUCUCCUGCCUGACUCGCACAGCUCGCGCUAUCUUUCAGUUCUACCCGGAGAACUCGGAUCAGAUUGAAAUGAUCACAGCGCAGGCCAUGAAGGCCGGCUUUUAUGGCGGCCUGGUCGUGGACUAUCCCAACUCGGCCAAGGCCAAGAAAUACUACCUGGUGCUGAUGACGGGUGGCGCUGCGGAACUGCCACAAGGUUUGGGCUCGGCGGAGGAAGAACGUCGCAUUAACUAUAUAAAAAAGCGCGAUGCUUGCCGCGAAGCGCGUGGCAAAGCGCCCAAAAAAUCGCGCGAUUGGAUUCUGGCUAAAAAAGAGCGUCGCCGUCGCCAAGGCCUCGAGACGCGUCCGGACACCAAGUACACAGCACGCAAGCGCAGCGGACGCUUCUGAUGAUGUGGCCAAAUAUAUAGUUUAAUGUA